CGGCCAACCUCCUCCUCGGAUCUUGUCUUCCCGCUCUCACUCUCACGCCAUCUUCAACUCCAACUUCAACUCUAUCUUCUUCCACAUUACUUUUACUUGCAUUCGUGUCUCUUGUUAAAACUUGACAUACACUAGCCCAUCAAUUCCCCUCCAACACUGGUGCGUAACUUUACGUCUCCGAAACUCCGAUUCCGCGGCUUAACUUUGACACCAGCUUUGACACAUCACAAUGGUUCUCCACAACCCCAACAACUGGCACUGGGUGAACAAGGACGCCCGCGAGUGGACAAAGGAUUACUUCUCAGAGAAUCUCACUGUCAUCUCCGCUGAAGAGAACGGCGUCUCGGCCAAGAUCACCAAGGUCCUGAGCAUUGAGGGCGACUGUGAUGUCAACCAGCGGAAGGGCAAGGUCGUUACUAUCUUUGACCUCGUGGUGAAGCUCGAAUACUCUGGCAAGAACGCUGAUGGCGUGGAGGCCAAUGGCACCAUCGUUAUUCCCGAGGUUGCUCACGACACCGAGGAAGGCGAGUACGUCUUCGAUAUCAGCAACUACGCGGAUACCAAGGACAAGCAGGUGAUUCGCGAUCUCGUCCGCACCCAGAUUACCCCUCAGCUCCGCAAGGCCUUUGCCCGUCUUUCUCCAGACUUGAUCGAGCACCAUGCCAAGGAUAUUCAGCACGUUCCUGCUACCGAUCCGGCUAAGAAAGCUGCUACUACUGCCACCACUGCUACCACCACCUCCUCUUCCGCUCAGGCCGCCGCAAAGCCGUCGAAAUCGGCAGAGACUGCGCACUCCAAGGGAAGGGUCCUUAACACCGUUACAGUUUCGGAGACGUACGAGUUCAACACUUCGGCGGAGCAGCUGUACCAGACGUUUGUCGACCCGCAGCGUGUGACGGCUUUCACCCGGACACCCCCACAGGAGUUUGAGCCCAAGGAGGGUGGAAAGUUCAACCUAUUUGGCGGAAACGUUGUGGGUACUUUCAAGACACUAGAACAGAACAAGAAGAUCAUUCAGGACUGGAGACUGGGCUCCUGGCCAAAGGACCACUACUCAACUAUGAACCUGGUCUUCGAUCAGGGCAGCGACUCGACCAACCUGAGAGUCACCUGGACUGGCGUUCCUGUCGGCCAGGAUGAGGUCAGCAAGAGGAACUUUGAGGACUAUUACGUCCGCAGCAUCAAGGCUACUUUUGGGUACGCAGGUUCCUUCCCCAGUCGUGUUGUUUCAUCGUCGUCUGCACCCAAGAAACAUAAAGCAAAGAAGACCAGCGUCGUUAUAAAGGGAGCCUCUUGGCAGGAUAUGACACUUGAAAUAAUGGGUCCUGUACUUGUCGGGGCUGCCAUCGCAGCCGCCGCUGCAUAUGUGGCCAGGUUGUAUAUGAGUUGACGAAACCGCUGCCGCUCCAUCUUAUUUUGUGUUUAGUUUUGUUCUGUUUUCUCUUUCUGGGUCGACAGUACUAACUGCUGGCUCGUGUUGU